GCAGAGCCGGCUGCUCCAGCGCCGGGUACAUGCGACAUGCGCUGGUCGAUACUGUCACGGACCACUGCAGAGUCGCUUUCUAAUGCAACUUGUGUGUUUGUGUAGCACAUUUCAUGUGGCACUGGACCCAGCAAACGGACUUAUAUAUAGCAAGCCCUCGCCGCCCCCAUCCAUCGAGACAUCCAUUCGCGACCAGGAAGUCAGGCCGGCACUUGUUGAGCUUGCGAGCAAAGCGUCUUCGACGUGCCACAGUAUUGUCAGGGGGUAUUCCACUUUUGUAACUGACGCCUUCUCGCUGCUUUCGCGCUCCGGCUAGCCCGCACGGUGCACCGAGCCUAGCGUCCCUUCGAUAACAGCGCCCAACCAGCUACAAGGCUGCACUGCCUAGGCCCUGUUUUUCACUUUCGGGCCAGCCAGAUUGGGCGUACGACAAUUUCUGCAACAGACCUAAAACUCUCUCGCCCAGCGCGCGAUGCACUCUUUGGUCUGCACUAACAACUGCAGAGCAAAAUGCAGGCGUGUAGGCUACCCAACUCGGCCCAGCGCCCGGUGCCGGUAACCGUCCAUCGACCGGCCUUGCCCGCUCGGCCGUCGGCUCGUCCGCCAAAGGCGCGCGGCCGCUGCGCUCGACAACCAGUCCCCUAUACUGUCGCUCCUCCCGGGUCGAAGCCGGGUCAUCGUGGAGUCGCGCGCGCUGUAGGCGACCGAGGCGCCUCCAGUUGGCAAGAUGACGAAGGCCUCGAACCCGACGGCGCCUCGCCGGCUGGCAAGCCUGGUAGCGGCCCGGAAGGCCCCGCGCCGACGGUCGAGCCCGCGGAUCAAGCUAGCCCCCCUGGCGUUGGGCGCAUACUCCAUAGAGUGCAGCAGAUGAUUGACCGCAUUAAGUCAAAGCCCAAACAGAGCUCGUUGGGUGUCGGCGCUGCGUCAGCGAGCCGCACGCAGCUGGCCGCGUCUCCUGAGCUGCCGGGGGCAGAGAUCGAGGCUGCCGCGGCGGAUGUGAAGGCGGCGACGGGCGCGGCGGCUGAGGAGGCGGGCGCCGAGGCCGCGGGGCUGGCGGCUGCGGCGGCUGCGGCUGCUGGCACCAGUCCGGAGGUCGGGCAGCUGCCACUGCCGUCUGCUGCAGGGGACGACGACGCUGCGGCGUGCGAGCCCGCUGAGCCCGCGGGCUGCGAUGGCACCGGCUGCGAGGCGGAGAGCCCGCCACCGGCCUCCCCGCUGCCGCCCCUGCCGAUUGCGAGCCGCACGCAGCUGGCCGCGUCUCCUGAGCUGCCGGGGGCAGAGAUCGAGGCUGCCGCGGCGGAUGUGAAGGCGGCGACGGGCGCGGCGGCUGAGGAGGCGGGCGCCGAGGCCGCGGGGCUGGCGGCUGCGGCGGCUGCGGCUGCUGGCACCAGUCCGGAGGUCGGGCAGCUGCCACUGCCGUCUGCUGCAGGGGACGACGACGCUGCGGCGUGCGAGCCCGCUGAGCCCGCGGGCUGCGAUGGCACCGGCUCCGAGCCGGAGAGCCCGCCACCGGCCUCCCCGCUGCCGCCCCUGCCGAUUGCGAGCCGCACGCAGCUGGCCGCGUCUCCUGAGCUGCCGGGGGCAGAGAUCGAGGCUGCCGCGGCGGAUGUGAAGGCGGCGACGGGCGCGGCGGCUGAGGAGGCGGGCGCCGAGGCCGCGGGGCUGGCGGCUGCGGCGGCUGCGGCUGCUGGCACCAGUCCGGAGGUCGGGCAGCUGCCACUGCCGUCUGCUGCAGGGGACGACGACGCUGCGGCGUGCGAGCCCGCUGAGCCCGCGGGCUGCGAUGGCACCGGCUGCGAGGCGGAGAGCCCGCCACCGGCCUCCCCGCUGCCGCCCCUGCCGAUUGCGAGCCGCACGCAGCUGGCCGCGUCUCCUGAGCUGCCGGGGGCAGAGAUCGAGGCUGCCGCGGCGGAUGUGAAGGCGGCGACGGGCGCGGCGGCUGAGGAGGCGGGCGCCGAGGCCGCGGGGCUGGCGGCUGCGGCGGCUGCGGCUGCUGGCACCAGUCCGGAGGUCGGGCAGCUGCCACUGCCGUCUGCUGCAGGGGACGACGACGCUGCGGCGUGCGAGCCCGCUGAGCCCGCGGGCUGCGAUGGCACCGGCUCCGAGCCGGAGAGCCCGCCACCGGCCUCCCCGCUGCCGCCCCUGCCGAUUGCGAGCCGCACGCAGCUGGCCGCGUCUCCUGAGCUGCCGGGGGCAGAGAUCGAGGCUGCCGCGGCGGAUGUGAAGGCGGCGACGGGCGCGGCGGCUGAGGAGGCGGGCGCCGAGGCCGCGGGGCUGGCGGCUGCGGCGGCUGCGGCUGCUGGCACCAGUCCGGAGGUCGGGCAGCUGCCACUGCCGUCUGCUGCAGGGGACGACGACGCUGCGGCGUGCGAGCCCGCUGAGCCCGCGGGCUGCGAUGGCACCGGCUCCGAGCCGGAGAGCCCACCACCGGCCUCCCCGCUGCCGCCCCUGCCGAUUGCGAGCCGCACGCAGCUGGCCGCGUCUCCUGAGCUGCCGGGGGCAGAGAUCGAGGCUGCCGCGGCGGAUGUGAAGGCGGCGACGGGCGCGGCGGCUGAGGAGGCGGGCGCCGAGGCCGCGGGGCUGGCGGCUGCGGCGGCUGCGGCUGCUGGCACCAGUCCGGAGGUCGGGCAGCUGCCACUGCCGUCUACUGCAGGGGACGACGACGCUGCGGCGUGCGAGCCCGCUGAGCCCGCGGGCUGCGAUGGCACCGGCUGCGAGGCGGAGAGCCCGCCACCGGCCUCCCCACUGCCGCCCCUGCCGAUUGCGAGCCGCACGCAGCUGGCCGCGUCUCCUGAGCUGCCGGGGGCAGAGAUCGAGGCUGCCGCGGCGGAUGUGAAGGCGGCGACGGGCGCGGCGGCUGAGGAGGCGGGCGCCGAGGCCGCGGGGCUGGCGGCUGCGGCGGCUGCGGCUGCUGGCACCAGUCCGGAGGUCGGGCAGCUGCCACUGCCGUCUGCUGCAGGGGACGACGACGCUGCGGCGUGCGAGCCCGCUGAGCCCGCGGGCUGCGAUGGCACCGGCUGCGAGGCGGAGAGCCCGCCACCGGCCUCCCCGCUGCCGCCCCUGCCGAUUGCGAGCCGCACGCAGCUGGCCGCGUCUCCUGAGCUGCCGGGGGCAGAGAUCGAGGCUGCCGCGGCGGAUGUGAAGGCGGCGACGGGCGCGGCGGCUGAGGAGGCGGGCGCCGAGGCCGCGGGGCUGGCGGCUGCGGCGGCUGCGGCUGCUGGCACCAGUCCGGAGGUCGGGCAGCUGCCACUGCCGUCUGCUGCAGGGGACGACGACGCUGCGGCGUGCGAGCCCGCUGAGCCCGCGGGCUGCGAUGGCACCGGCUCCGAGCCGGAGAGCCCGCCACCGGCCUCCCCGCUGCCGCCCCUGCCGAUUGCGAGCCGCACGCAGCUGGCCGCGUCUCCUGAGCUGCCGGGGGCAGAGAUCGAGGCUGCCGCGGCGGAUGUGAAGGCGGCGACGGGCGCGGCGGCUGAGGAGGCGGGCGCCGAGGCCGCGGGGCUGGCGGCUGCGGCGGCUGCGGCUGCUGGCACCAGUCCGGAGGUCGGGCAGCUGCCACUGCCGUCUACUGCAGGGGACGACGACGCUGCGGCGUGCGAGCCCGCUGAGCCCGCGGGCUGCGAUGGCACCGGCUGCGAGGCGGAGAGCCCGCCACCGGCCUCCCCACUGCCGCCCCUGCCGAUUGCGAGCCGCACGCAGCUGGCCGCGUCUCCUGAGCUGCCGGGGGCAGAGAUCGAGGCUGCCGCGGCGGAUGUGAAGGCGGCGACGGGCGCGGCGGCUGAGGAGGCGGGCGCCGAGGCCGCGGGGCUGGCGGCUGCGGCGGCUGCGGCUGCUGGCACCAGUCCGGAGGUCGGGCAGCUGCCACUGCCGUCUACUGCAGGGGACGACGACGCUGCGGCGUGCGAGCCCGCUGAGCCCGCGGGCUGUGUUGGCACCGGCUCCGAGCCGGAGAGCCCGCCACCGGCCUCCCCGCUGCCGCCCCUGCCGAGCGCUGCAGGCGGCAUCCGGUGGGGGCAGCAGCCCGCGGGAACGGCUCGGCAGCCGCUGCUUACACAGCGGCAAUCAAACUAUCUGUGGGGUCUCGGCUACACCGUAGUCGACCCUCGCAUGUCGGUGGGCGAAGCGGCCUCCAGAAUCAGGUUUCAACUGGAGCUACGGGCCGCCAUCAUGGAGCGCUACAACUUCCCGCCCGACGCCCCCGUGAAGCCCCGGCCGCCCUGCCCGGAGCACCUGUCGCAGCUGCAGGCGGACCCGGAGCUGUGUGCGCUGCUGGACAGGGCUCAGCGGCCGCUGCUGCUGCAGGGCCAGCGGCUGCCGGUGCUGGCCUUCUCCGACGCCGCCCGCCUGGCGCGCGUGUCCCGGCAGCGGCCCCUGGACCUGGGCGCGCUGGGCCGGGCGCUGGUGGCCAUGGACGCCGACAUGCGGGCGCGCAAGGACGGCCCGCCCUCGCAGGAGCAGCUGGAGGAGCUGGAGCUGCUGAGGCAGGCGCUCAAGCAGAAGGGCAAGGCGCUGCCCAAGGUUGCCGAGGGCACCCCGGCGACUUACGGCGAUGCGAUGGUGAUGAUCGCGUUCGUCAUCCCGCCCUGAGCGGCGAGCCAUCAGGCAGGCAGGGCGAUGGCGCCGUCGGGAGUUCCCCGCCAUACGUGCAUGUGUCUGGCAGCCUUGCUUCUGCGGCUGUGGUGGCUGUGACGUAAGGCUAACCGCCUACCCUCAGCCAUGGCCUAGGUGCCCCCGUUACUACUGGCUGCACGUGGACGGAGGCUUGAUCGCAUUGUGUGGGCGUGUACUGUACAUGCCUGCAGGGCUGCGAUAGGCAAUGAAGAAUCGACUCCCCUUGUGCUGUGAGGUCUAGAAUAGAUACAGUCGGAGAGGUCAGAGCCUGGAAUGCCUGUGGGGUGUGGGGUGUGGGGCCACCCCUUGGGCCACCCCUGGUUGUGCAGCUAGUCGGUGGUGGUGUGGAGUGGUGUGGAGGGGGUGAGGUAUGCACUGUGCCUGACUGUGCCGGCACAUGGGGGCGGUGGAGAGGAGCAGCGGAAUGCUGGGGUCAAGGUCUGUGCGGCAUACGGUAAUCAGUGUAGGGGCGGGUGUGGGGAUGGGUCAUCAGGCAGAAGGUGCGGACUGCGGAGACGCCGAGUACGACGCGGGUACGGCAGUGUGUAUAGAGCCGUCGCCUGACAGGGCUGCCGUACGGUUUGCGAGCUUUGUGACUGGUGUAGCAGGGCGCGCGGUGGGACUUGUUGCACAGGGCUCACAGCCCAGACCCAACGGACGCCACCAACACCCGGCGGCGCCUGCCUGGCAUGGUGUAUGUGGUGCCUCUGCUAUUGUAACAACUGGGGUUU